AUGACCGGGAUAUUUGUAGACACCUUGAAGGACCCAUUCUUUGAUCGAUUAGUGAGCAGUUCCGCAUCUGACUUCGCACAUCUAGUUACGAUUGGAGACCGCAUAGAGAAGAGGUUGAGGGAUGGAAAGAUUCCUGGAGCAGUGACAACAUCUAGCGCACCAAAGAAAUAUUCUGGAGGCUUCCCAAGGAAAAGAGAAGGUGAAACAAACGCCAUAUUUAGGAACUAUAAAAGGAAGCAACAAGCUUCAUAUGGUCAAGUCGCCGCCGUGCAGCAAAAUACCGCACCACCAAGACAGUUCAAGCCAAGACCUCCAAGAAGACAACUUGAUCCUCUACCAGUACCUUAUAGUCAGAUAUUCCCAUAUCUGCAGAAGGAGGGCCUUCUAACAUUGAGGGAGUUAAAACCAGCUGUUUUUCCGUAUCCACCUGGAUACGACGCUAAUGCCCAUUGUGAAUUUCACAUGGGAGCACCUGGUCAUACUUUGGAAAAUUGUUUCGCAUUUCAGAAUCGAGUACAAGACUUGAUCGAAGCCAAGGCCGUUUCUUUCACUCCAAGACGCCUGAACGUGAAUACAAACCCUAUGCCGACGCACAAGGAUGCUUCCGUCAGUUCCUUUGAGGAGAGUGAUGAAGGCAAAUUGAUCUGUAAGGUUGAAGAGAUUCAAACCCCUAUCACCAUGAUAGGAGCACAAUUGCUGAAGAGUGGUCUGAUCCUGGAAGAGCUGGUUGAGGAAGAGAAUAAUGAAGAGUUGAGGAGUUUUAUACAACAAAUGUUGGAUCGAGGCGAGUUACAAAUAACUUAUCGUGUCAAGAGCAAGCAUCAGGAAGAGAUAGCCGUGGUAGAUAUCCCCUAUGAUGAGGUCAAAGUAGAAAUACCUAUAAGCCCAUUGGUGAUAGAGUUCCCAACACCAUUCGAAUAUAAAGAUGAGAAGGCAGUCCCAUGGAUAUAUCAGCCCAGAGCUUUUAAGGAGGGGCAGGAAGAUAAACCUCUAAUGAUUAACGAACCAAAUGUCACUUCAAUUGUGGGCCCAGCAGGAAUGACGCGUAACGGCCGAGUGUUCGCACCAAGAACUGUUGAUACUUCUGAGAGAGCUAAAGGGAAGGAGGUUGCUGUCCAGAUCCCCAUUCCUAAUCAGGGGAUGCAAGACAUGCACCUGUCUCCUAAAGCUGGUGUCACUCGUGAGAAGGCUGAGGAGUUUUUGAGAAUAAUCAAGAAAAGCAAUUACAAGGUGGUGGACCAGCUAAACCAAACACCUUCCAAAAUUUCCAUGUUAUCUCUCCUACUUAACUCCGAAGCACACAGGAAUUCGCUGUUGAAGGGUGUUGGUAGACACAGGUUCCUCAUUAAACGUCAUGCCAAAGACGACUUUGAUAAAGCUUCCAGUGGAAGGAAUAAGUAUGAAGCCCAGCACCCUAAUCGUAAAAGCAUUUGA